CUAAACUAAAUCUAAUUUUAGAUAAAAUGGGCGAGGAGGUUGAGAAGUUGAGUGAUCUUGAAGGAAAAAUAUCGGAUUUAACUAGAUCGGUUCAAGAUAUUCAGGUAAACCAGAAAACGUUGAGCCAGCAUCUUAAAGUAGCAAAUAUUUCAAAUCGUCUGGAUGGAGUUGAAAAACGACAAGAAGAGGUUAUCCGACUGUUAAGUAACCUUAGGAAUGAAUUGGCUGGUAUCUCAUCAGGAAUGGCCAGAAGGGAUAGUCUCAUGCUAGGCACAGGAUUGACGAAUAUGAGAAGGGAUUCUUUAAUCCUUGAAAGUUCUAGUCGACGUGGCUCCGUCCUGCUUGCAGCUGAUGGACUGAUAGGAAAAGGGAAUACUAUCCCUGUAAUGGAGGUGGAACCCUGGCAGCCAUCAACUGAAGUCCAACAGAUAAUAGAUCGGCUGUUGGAGCGUCAGUUUCUGCUCUCCCCUUGGAUGCGUGAGAAACGAUUAAGAAAUCAACUGAGGUUAAUACUAAAGGAUUAUCUUGAUGCUGGGCCGCAAAGACGAUCUACCGUCACAAAGAUCGUUCAUGACGCGCAUCAGCUGUUCCCAGUAUGGAGAGGGCAGAUUAAAGAUGCGAUGUUCGCGGACUGGGAGAAGGUUCAAGCUCUAUCAUUUCCUGAGGCUGCAGAAAUAAUAUUUUCAAAGUUUAAAAAAUCUAGAUUUUCCGAUGAGACAGAAGCUAUCCAGCUGUAUGCUGAACAUAUGAUAGAGGUUGGCCAGUACUUGAGACGGAAAGCAAAUGAAAGAGCGGAGAAGGCGGGUAGAACACCACAGAUACAGGGUUCAAUUACGAAUAGUAAGUUCUGGUAUGAAGUGAGGAAGAAGAUUAACGAAAUAUUGGAGAACAGGAAGGAUCUGGAUCGUCGACGAAGUUCGUCGAUGGCCGAACAAGAUUCCGACGAAGACGAAUCUUAUCAUUCUCCGGACGAAGAUCAAGAAAAAAGAACAGUUAACAUUCCGAUUUACAUAACUUCAGACCAGGAACGUUGUCUUGAAGAAACUUCCUUGGAAAACAGAUUGAGUGCUGACAGCGGAAUUGACAAUAAUUAAAAAUAAUUAUUUAAUAAUAUGAUAAUUAUUGUAAAUAAUUGUAAAUGAUUAAACAACAUAUUUUUCCAAAAUUAUCUAAUAUAUUUGUGUUAAAUAAUCUAUAUUAUAUAUAGCAAUUAAUGCGUAAUUAUACACAUUUUGUCUUUAAGCUGCACACCAAUGAAAAUCAAGGAAAUAUUUAAAGUUUAAUCUCCCCCCCCCCUCCACCACGAUCUUUAAUUAUAGAAAGAAAUAAAAAAGAAUUUUAUCACUUAGAGUUAUUCAUGGGCACGGCCGUCUACAAGAGAUUAAGUGCGUUUUGAGAGCUAUUUUUGAAAAAAAAAAAUUUUACAGGGUCUAUGCGAAUCUGAGAUUGUAUGCUUUUUUUUUAAGUUAGCUUUUUUGACAUAGUUUUGAUCAACUUUGGACACUUUUAAAAGUCAAUUUUUAGAAGCAGAAAUAAUACCAUUUAAUUAACACAAUGUUAUUAAAUGCUAGUAAAAUUCAAGUAUUACAUUAGAAUUUUUUUUUCUGUACACUAUAAAUUUUAUAAUUAAUCAGCAACCAAGCAUAAUCUAUUAUAAACAUAUAAUAUCAUUUUCAAUAUUUUAUUUUCAUAAUUAGGAUCUGAGAUUUUGCCACACACUCGGAUUUUUCCAUCCCUAUAUCAAUACGAUGUUGUAGUCAGACUAUAGAUAUUGCAAACAGUCGAUUCUAUUACAUCACAAAGUCUAAGUUUGAAAUAUCAAAGUUUUACACCAUCUGGUUGCAAAGAUAUAAUUUGAGUUUGUGGUAAAAUUCAGAUUUAAAUUAAUGUUAUUUCAAUAUCGAGGUAUAACUGUUAAAAUUUAUACUUCAAUUUCUCAAAAAAAAAUUGUCCAAAACAUUUUGGAUAUUUAAAAGAAGUAAACCGAAAUUUUAUAAUUAAAUUACAAAAUUGUCAAAAUCUAAAGAUUGAACACUUCGUUCAUAAUUCUUGGACUAAAAGAUGUGCGAAAUUGAGAAUUUGAUUACAAAAGAAUAUUUCAUAUUUCAUAUUUUCAUAAUCAUUUUAUCCGUUAUUAAUAAUAUCAUAUUUGUUAUAUUUCAGGGCA